AAGGUUUGUCAACUUGAAAGGUUUGCAUGGUCAGAAUUACAUCGGAUACAAGGCGCAAUCUCUCUACAGUGUUAGUAUCCUCAGUGCAAGUUUCUCCUAGUUUCCUGGAGUUUAUGAUUGCUGGUUCAAGGUCAUAACUGCAGAGCAAAAUGGCCAAGGAAAUGUUCAGUUUCAAGAGCGGUUUUUCUGUUGGUUUUGUCGUAUCCUUGGUAUUGAGUUUCGUGUAUUGGGGAGUUCUGGUGGCUGAUCAAAAACACCCCGUAGUUGUUCCCGUAGAGGUGUACAGGUACAUCGCGCCAAAGGUUGCAGACAAGAAAUAUCAAUCUACAUCGCCAAUCCUGAAAUACGGGGUACCAGAUAGAGGUCCCGAGACCCUCAACUAUCAAAACCACGCGGUCGGAUACGACCGGGCCAAGAAAAUCCCACAGUGGGUUGCCGAAUAUAUAACAAAGGACAACAUAAAAGGUGAUGCCGACAGGACUAAGUGUAGCUUCAAACCAGACAGAGACAGGGUAGACGAUAUGUUCUCAUCUACCCUCGAUGACUACAGCAAAAGCGGUUACGACAGGGGUCACAUGUCUCCGGCAGCCAAUCACAAAUACAGCCAGGACGCCAUGUGCGAGUCAUUCUUUCUCACCAACGUCGUACCUCAGAGCAGCCAGCAUAAUCGGUACUAUUGGCGUGAUUUCGAGGGGUAUUGCCGGGAAUUGGCCGAGAAGUAUGAGGAGGUCCGGGUGAUUACUGGCCCGCUAUUCCUGCCCGAAACGUCUGAGGGCGACACACAGAGUAGUCGGUUUGUCAAAUAUGAGGUAAUUGGUGAAAGCAACGUGUCUGUGCCGACUCAUUUCUUCAAGGUCAUCAUCAUCGAAAAUGCAACCGAAUCCAACACAACUCUCUUCGCUGCAGCGUUUCUACUUCCAAACGAGAAAAUUGACUCCGACACGCCUCUGAUCACUUUCAAGGUGCCGCUGGUGGAAUUGGAAGCAGUGGCUGGUCUUCAUUUCUUUCCUAAUCUUGCCAACGCACCAGUGGGGGAUUUCUGCUCCUUCGACGACUGCAAGCUGAGGGCAGAGAGGGAGGCAGUUUCAACGAUGAGCCGGUUCUCGACUGGCACCUUGUUGAUCAUCGUCUUGUUCGUCUGGAUUUAUUUUAUGUACAAAUGGAGGGAACAUGCAGAAAAAGCCGCGAAGAACUUGAAGUAACAGGAAACAGCAAAAUCAUUUACUGCGAGUACUGAACACAUAUAAAUGACAUCGUCUUUUUGCUUGAACCUUUCGCUGAAGGACUGCUAUUAUCAAUUGAAUAAAAGCUCAAUAGAUAGGGUGCUAGAAGAUAUUUCAAUUUGGUGUCAUUCCGUGAAUCGUAGACAGAAACACCCCCCUUGAAAAGAGAUCGGUGAGAGUGUUCGUUACCUUGGUAGCAAUGCAACUGACCGUAAGGCGUGCGUUUCAUAACGAUCGUUCGUAAACCAGUGAAGUGCAGUGCCCACCAGGAGCCUCCUCUGCUUGGAAAAUUGCUCCCUCUCUUGGACCCGUUCGGGGCUCAUUAGAGCAUGGAGCAAGGAAAAGAUAAUCAGAGACACCGUGUACCAAUCCAGACUACGAUUAACUUGCAUUAUAAAACAAGCCAUGAGUUGGUUCAGUCAACGUUUCAGCCUAAGCUUAUAUUUGAGAAACCUUUAGUGGCAUAAGUACGUAGGCCUAAAGAUUAGUCAUGUGUGGAGCACGCACUAAUUUCGUUUUGAAAAGGUCACUGAUGAUUACGUGUGAAUAAAGUUUGUUCUCUGACCAUGAC